CUCUGAGGAACCCGACGGACUCGGCUCAUCAGCCAUUGAUGCGCUCGGUCCGUCUGCAGGCGGACGACUCCUCACCGGUUCAUCCAUACCUGCGCUUGUUUUCUGGAGUGCGCGCCGGCGCCAUGGUGUCCCACUCGCUCGCCCUGCCCAUGAUCUGCUUCACCACGCUGUGGGCGCUCGUGGGCGUCGUGGCCCCGUUUCUGGUGCCCAAAGGACCCAACCGGGGUGUGAUCGUCACCAGUCUCAUCCUCACAGCCGUCUGCUGCUACCUGUUCUGGUUGGUCGCCAUCCUGGCCCAGGCCAACCCUCUGUUCGGCCCGCAGCUGAAGAACGAGACGAUAUGGUAUCUGCGCUACUUCUGGGAGUAAACGAGGUCUGUACGAUGUGAUGGCUCCUGUGGUCCCUACACCGCCUGGUGGUUUCGCUGGACUCGACCAUUUCAUCCCCCCCCCCCCCCCCCCCCGCACACACACAUCUCCGCAUUUUAUUUAUUGACAUUUUUUAAACUCAGAAACUCAGAAGUCAACUCAGAAGUCACUGUUGCAGCCGUGGCGAAUAUUAAGGAUACUGUGGAGUUUGUGUAGUGUAAGACUCAACCGUUUAGUCGGGACAGAUAUUUGUGAGUUGGUGGCGGGACACCGGUGAAACCAUGACGUCACCUGUUAGGAGCAGAUAUGAAACUUCCCCCUCUGUAAUGUGCAAUCCUGAAAUACUUCACUUUGGUCUGGUUUUUUGUUUACAUUUUCGUUUUGUGUCGCCGCCGUCACAUAACAUGAAUUUAUGAGUGUUUGUAUUUAUUCUUGUUAUAUAAUUGUGAUUAUCUGUGUGAUGUAAUGCUUGUGCGUGAAUGUGUGUGUGUGUGUGUGAAGAGUUCUUUACUGUGAUUGUUUGGGCUGCCGCCAUGAGACCCCCCCCCCCCCCCCCCCCCAAAAAAGUGAAGAGCGAUUCCCUCCACUUUAGACCACUUCAGCACGAAAAACUCCCUCCCACAUUCCCCUCAUGCUCGACACCGCAGAGGGUCCUCGUUGCCAUGGUGAUCUGGUCGCACAAUUCAUUCCUGCUCCCCUCGACCCCCCCCCCCCCUUUUUUUUGCUCACCCUUGUGACUACAGAUGUGCUGUAGGUUGAACUGUAGUAUGCGUUUUGUUAGUUUUUUCAUUGUCGUGUCCAAUGUAUAUUUUAUUUUCAUGACCCAUUUCAAGCCUCUCAAACAGCAGCUUCACCAAAUUCCACACUUAAACUUCACCUCAUAUUCUUUUGGGGGUUUGCAGCUCUUCCAGGCACAGUGACCCCCCCAGAGGAAGAAAAAAACAGUCAUUUUUAAAGACAUUUCCACUGGCUGGAUUUUUGGUCUAAGGGCGACGAAUCAGAUCACAGUAAAUGUUUGUUUUUCAAAAAACGCUUUGUUCUAACCAAGUCGCAGGAAAUAAUAGAAAAAAUUGUGGCUCGCGAACGGUGAGUUACGGUGUGUUCACACUGCCACCGACUGGAAAAGGUGCAGGGGUCAAGGUCGUCUCCAUGCCGACCGUCGGCCCCUCCGUCAGUGCAUUUCCUUCCUGGCACUGACACGAUUGGCUGUUUUCCCGCUUCAUGGCGUUCUGAACGUAUACAGUUCACCGGAUGAUGAGGAGAUGUUCAUCGGCAUAUACUGUAUGUACGAGGCCCCUUCCUUAUUUGCCGUGAACAAGAUGCUGGCGUGUGACACACCUGUCUCGUCGGCUGCCGACCAUCACCACAACUACACCUCCCUCCCUUCCAAGCCCCCCCAACUCCAAACCUUAGAGCCCCUCCCACCCCCCCACCCUUCCUUCCCUUCUCUAAAACCACUUUGCUUCAGCCAAAAAAGAAAAAAAAAUCUAAAUCAAUAUACAGCUACUUUUUAGAAAGACCAAAUUGCGUUGUAUCUUUUCCUCCAGCCCUCUUAUGGUAGUUGUGGUGGUGGUGGCAUGCAUCUCAAAGUGAAUGCAACGGGUUGUUGCGACAGUGGGGACGCUCGUCAAAUAGAGCGUGACCACAUCCGAUGUUGUCUACGAGGCCAGGACUCUGUCGCUGGUACUCAGUUUUAAUGGUGGAUUGGGAAAGUCCGUCCGAUUGCCUUUUCCCGAACCACUUUUCCUUGACCUCAGUGGAAAAACGUCAUGAGGGUCAAGGAAAGGUGUAAAGGAGGAUUCAUUGGACUUGGGGAAAGCCGACACCGCUGCUCAGAGAAUGGCAUCAGAUGGAAAAAGCUUUGUGGGCAACGGUAGCUUUCUUCUUCUUCUUCUACUACUACUUCGUAUUGAAGCACCCUUCCUAAGCAUUUACGGAAUCCAAAUAUCACGGCUGCCGAUGAAAUACUUCCGGGUCACGUCACUCAGUCAGGAACCUUCCUCAGCAAAAUGUACUUGGUCGUAGACAACAGUCACAUGCACUUAGAAGAAGCUUAUUCGUUGGACAGGUUAGAAAUGUUCCUUCCUGCAGAGAACGCUGUUUGCUCUCGCCUCAUUUCCUUCUGUCAGGCCUUCAAACCAUUAACUGCUGACUGUUUUUUUUGGGGGGGGGGGGGAUUUGUUUCCUGCUGUGGACUUGAGUCACUUUACCAAUCCCACUCGGUACUGAAACGUGUCACGAUUAGCGCCUGUAGGGACGUAGAGUCGCGUUUUAUCGGUGUCCGCGAAUCAUCCGACGGCAAAUCAGUUCAGUUCUCUUGAAAAACCAGCUGCUGUUUUUAUCGGUCAUAUUAUUCCUGGCAAACGUAGAGGGAGAUGAAGAGUGAUGUUUCUUUUUGUGUGUGUGUGUGUUAAGAGUCACCAUGGUAACAAAAACCUACUAAAUCACAGAUGUAAUUGUCGGUGGACAUGAGCUCCUACUCGUGACCUUGUGUAGUAAAUGAUCCUGUGUGAGCGGCUCUGUACGUGAAAACCUCCAAUAAAAGAAACUCUGUGUAACACA